GACUUACAAUCGGAAAUUGAAACCCAUCGUGUCGUUUAUGAUCGUCUCGAUGGCACCGGCCGCAAAUUGUUGGGUUCACUCACCUCGCAAGAAGAUGCCGUUAUGUUGCAGCGUCGCCUUGAUGAAAUGAAUCAGCGUUGGAAUAAUUUGAAGUCGAAGAGCAUUGCCAUCAGAAAUCGUUUGGAGUCAAAUUCGGAACAUUGGAACGCAUUGUUGUUGUCGCUGCGCGAACUGACCGAAUGGGUUAUACGGAAGGAUACCGAACAGUCCUCACUGAGUGUUGGGCCUUUGAUGGGCGAUGCUGCGAGUCUGCAAAAGCAAUUGGAUGAUCAUAAGGCGUUUCGACGUCAACUGGAGGACAAACGUCCCAUAGUCGAAAGCAAUUUAUUGAGUGGACGUCAAUAUAUAUCGAGUGAGCCACCAGUGUCGGACAAUAGCGAUACGGAAGCGCACGACAGUGAUUCGCGUUACUUAAGCGCUGAGGAGCAGAGCAGGGAGCUAACACGCAGCAUUCGUCGGGAAGUUGCGAAACUCUCGGAGCAAUGGAAUAAUCUAAUCGAUCGUUCUGACAAUUGGAAGCAUCGCCUGGAUGAGUACAUGACGGUGAGUUUAACUUUCUUUACAUAUAUUUUUUAUGGUACAGCAACAUCAACGAUAAAAGUAAGGUUAGUUACCUAUUAUAUUAUAUAAGCGGGUAGAAGGCAAAAUUGGAUAGGAUCCAAUGGUCCAUCCUGACUUUCAUGUGACUAAUAAGGCUUCGCAUCACGUACUAGAGUUGCCCAUUAAAGAAUCAGAUAUCGAAUUAUUUAAUAUGGAUUAAAAGGCUUUGCUACGAUUAAUCAUUAGUUAUCAUAUAUCAGUUCAAUAUUCACUUGACGGCACCAAUCUUGCAUACACGCAUGUUUUGGUGUGAUAAAAAGAAAUUCAUUAUUUUUGCAUGAAAUUGAAGGGAAAUUUUCGCUUUUCGCAUCCAGCAUUAUCCAAAUGGUUCCAAAGGAUUGUUUGUGCAGUCUUUGGCUCUUAGGAAAUCGUUAAAGUUCUGUCCAUGGUUUUAUGGACAUUUUCGUAAAUUGACCACCCCUUCGUGAAGCAUACUACACAUCAAAAUUACCGGAAUGAAGCCGAAAUGAGACGCUAUUCACAUUUUCAGCCACCUGGCUUGCGUUUUCGCACUUAUCGAAAAAAAUUUUAGGGAAUAUAGCAUCGUUUUCUCUUUGCUGGGGCCCAUCGUUGACGUACUCUCAAACCACACUGAAUCAACCAAACUCAAAACUGUCAUAAAAUCUUUUUAAGUACAAAUUAUUAUCUUCUCAACGCCAUCUAGCGUAAUCCGAUCGGACUUAUACAAAGUGAGAUACAGAAAAAGAACGCCAUCUAAUGGAAAAAAAUGGAUUUCUUCUUACUACACCUAAUAUAUUAGGUGACGAAUGGCAUGAAAUUAAUACUAUUGUAGAAGGAAGUUCGCUUAUAACAGUUAUGCAAAGACAAAGAGCUUUUUCCAAAGCUCGCUCAUUGCCAUAACUUAUAUUGUGCCAUUCUAAUAUUGCAUCAUAUUUGAUUAAAAAAUGAGUUAUGAAAUAAUAACAAAAAUAAAA